AUGAUCUCCAUUGAGGAACCGAAUGCCAUCAUGAAGUCGGGGCACAUUGCUGUUCUGGGGGAUAAGGUCUAUUUCCAAUGCCAGUAUGAAGAUAUUAUUGCGGAGUACAACAUCGGCGAGCAAAUAAUAUCAGUGUUUGAUCAGCCGGAUGAAGACGAGGAUAAGCACCUGCCGUAUGCUCCCCUCGUGGGGGUGGAGGACGGCAUGCUGCUAUUUUCGUAUGUUCUGGAGCCUAGACUCUACCUAUGGUCAAUGGAGGCUGGCCCCAACAGAGCUGAGAACUGGGCAAGACGUAGUGUCAUCGAGCUCGAUCCGUUGCUCCCGCCUCCCGCGCUCUUGGAUGUGUCGGUAGUUGGUUUUGCAGAAGGUGUUGGUGCCAUCUUUCUGGAUACCAAGGCCGGGUUGUACACAAUUGAGCUCAAUUCAGGCCAAAGCAAGAAGGUACACAGAAAGACAUCUGGCGAAAAAGUCAUGCCCUACAUGAGCUUCUACACUAGAGACCGCAGCUACUGUCACAUUCUCGACUCCUGGCAUGGACUCGGCCUCUUUUACACCCCCAAGGAGCACGCGGACUUCACUAUCUACAACCUCGUCACCAACCGCGAGUGGGAAAUUCAAGCAGACCACAAGUUCUCGGACAUCAUACGGUCAAAUGAGUCGAAGUACUGGUAUGAAUUGGACGAGGGCUUAUCCUGGAAUGCCGCAGUGCUCUGCGCCAAGGACCGGUGUGACCACCUCGACUGCCAUGGCGGCCCUUUCCUAGUGGCCUUUGUGGGCUCCGACUUGAAACGCGGGUUAACCAUCGCAUCUGUCUACUCGUCAGAGACUGGCAAGUGGAGCGACAUGAUUUCCGUUAAGCAACAAGAUGUCAUCAAGCCAACAGGGCACAGUGCUGUUGUGGGAAAUAAGGUCUAUUUCCUCUGUAAGCAGGACUUCAAAAUCAUUGAAUAUGACCUGGAGAUGUAG